GCGCCAUGGAUAUGCGAGGCGGUGGCUGCGGAAACAACGGGGAUGGUCCCAUGUAUAAAUGUACCGGAAAUGGUAUACCUUCCGUAAAGGCUGACGACUGUUCGGAUUGCAAAUUGAACUGGAAUGAUCCAGCUGCCGGUCCGGCUAUCGAAUGUGGUGGGAAAAGCUACCCAACAUUUUUAGGACGUCCGGGUUUAGACUGAUGAUUUAGAUUUGCUUUUUUUAUUUUUUAGCAUUCUCUAAACAUGUGUAUUUGACGUGUGUAACAUUUCGCCAGAAUAAAGCCUAAUUUCAAAUAAAGUACUUACUCUCGUACCUCGUAUGUAUAUAAUUAUCUAGUACCCCUCGACUCAAACAAAGAUUUCUAAAAAUACUUAUCUUGUCGAACAUGGAGAUUAACCUCUGAUUAAAAUGCAAUGAUAAAUUUCAUUUGAUUAAAUACGAUUUGAUCGAUUUCAUGUCCACAAUAAUGUAUGAAACAAGUUGAUCUUGACAAAUGCAACGAAGCGACCAUGCAAUUGUUUCCAUUCCAUGAAAACAAUCCACUCGAACUUGAUUAGUUGAUUGGGUUUCAAAAUGUGAGUGCCAUCUGCAAAAAUUCCAGUAUAUCCAGCAACGCAAUUGUUCAUUAGUCAAAAACGAGUCAUGUCAAAUUGAUCCAUCAUUUCAUAUCAUAAAAGAGUUCAAACGAGUUUGUGAUUAUAUAGUUUAUAUUAUCGACUUCAUGUCAAGUCCGUUUGUCCAUAACGAAUAGUUAAUAUCAGCGCCUGGAGAAGAUCACUAGUUUCAAAAUUGUCAGCUGUAACUUUCCUAAGUAAAAGAUGACCUUCAAAUUUGCUCUCCUCGCUCUAUUGCCACUCGUCGUGGUCGCCCAUGUUCGAAUGCUUGCACCCGUUAGUCGUUCAUCCAUGUGGCGAAAUCCGGACUUUUCCGAACACAACCCGCCCACCAAUUACGAUGAUGAUGGGCUCUAUUGCGGCCGAGUUCAUCAAGAGGAAGUCGUAACCACUUGUGGCGCUUGUGGUGACCCGUACGUUGAUCCCAUGCCGAGAGCGAACGAGCAUGGGGGCACUUAUGGGAAGGGAGUUAUCGCUGCUAGGUAUGAAGCAGGACAGUUGAUAAAUAUUGGUCUCGAUUUCACCACGGCGCAUUGGGGCUAUUUCGAAAUCCAAGUCUGUGACGGAUUCCCAGAGACGGAGGCAUGCUUUCUCAGAAAUCGCCUAACGUUCCAAGACGGUUCUACCAAAUACGCACUGGAAAGUAAUGGAGGCAACCCUACGAUUCAAACUGUUGCUCGUCUUCCUCCAAAUUUGAGGUGUCAACAUUGUAUUCUACGUCUGAACUAUAGGGCUGGGAAUAACUGGGGAGAUUGUCAUAAUGGGACUGAGGGGAUGGGAUGUGGUCUUCAAGAGACGUUCAGACACUGUGCCGAUAUUGCCAUUCAAUAAUUCAAUCAUAACUUUCACACAUGAAAAUUUAGCUAACCAGGUCCUAAAAAUUCACCAUUAUAAUUCAAUUAUUUAGAUCAGGUUGCAUACGUGUAAAUGUGGCCUACAAAAUAGUCCGUAGUAAGAGCUUCUUAAUCCGAACUUGACGUUUCACUUCGAUUACAUAUGUAUGUUUCUAUGCGUUAGUCUUUAAAUGAGUGCAGCUAGAAUUUUUAUUAUUAACUCAUAAAUUCAAUAAAUUGCAUUUAAUCCAAA